UCCACCCGCAACGGUAACAUUGUCAGCUCAGUCGAAUGAAGACAAUGUGUUUCUGGCGACGGCAAACAUUCAGAUCAAGGAUGAUUACGGGAACACCCAUGAAGCAAGGGCGUUGUUGGAUUCGGGAUCCAUGUCGAAUUUCAUCGCUUAGGAGUUCGCACGGAAACUGCUGACGAGUCGCAAAAGGGUCAACGUCGCUGUAUCGGGCAUCGGCAAUGCAGUACAGCAGAUCAAGGGUUCCAUCGUCGCUACCGUUCAGUCCAAGACACAACCCUUCGCAACGGAGAUGACUUUCUUGGUUCUGGACACGCCAUCCGCAAACAUCCCUACAUCACCAACGGACGUCUCUUCAUGGAAAAUGCCGGACGUGGCAUUGGCGGACAGCACCUUUAACAGUCCGGGGCAAAUCGACAUCGUCAUCGGAGGCGAUACGUUCUGGGAGCUCCACACCGGUCGCAAGUGCUCUAUCGGUAGAGGCAAACGGUGGCUGGUCGAAACCCACUUUGGUUGGGUUGUCACCGGCAACACUCAUCAUUCGUCAGUCGGUCCGCGGCUGUGCCAUCUAUCUGCAUACGACACCCCACUGGAGGAGACCAUGCAGCGGUUCUGGGAGAGUGAAACCAUAGCCGAGGAUCCUGUGCUAUCGGUUGAGGAGAAUGCUUGCGAGAAGCAUUUCGCAGCAACAACUGUUCGCAACUCAAGUGGAAGGUAUGUCGUUAGUUUGCCAUUUAACUCCAACCCUAAUAUCGUUUUAGGAGAGUCGAAGGAAAUAGCCGAUCGCAGACUGCGUUCUAUCGAACGGCGGUUGAACACCAAUGCUAAAAUGAAAGAAGAGUAUGUGAAAUUUAUGAAAGAAUAUGAGCAUUUGGGGCAUAUGAAGCGGCUUACCAGUCCUGCAAACGAUUCGGUAGAGCAUUACUACCUCCCACAUCACGCUGUCGUUAAAGAGUCAAGCACAACCACGAAGGUGCGUGUCGUGUUCGAUGCAUCCUGUAAGACUUCGAGUGGUUACUCAUUGAACGAUAAACUCUUAGUGGGACCAGUCGUUCAAGAAGAUCUUUUAUCGAUUAUCCUUCGGUUUCGUUCUCGUGCCAUUGCUCUCACUGCAGACGUAGAGAAGAUGUAUCGGCAAAUUUUACAUAGCCCUCAUGACCGUAACUAUCUACGCAUCCGGUACAGAGAACAUCCUGCAGAUCCUAUAUCGACCUUUGAGCUACAGACGGUUACGUACGGCACAGCCUCUGCUCCAUUUUUGGCAACCAGGACCCUCAAACAGAUUGCUCUUGACCACAAGGAAGAGUAUCCUUUGGCAAUGAACGCGGUCAUGAACGAUUUUUACGUAGAUGAUUUGCUAACGGGUACCGAUGAUUUGUCCGAAGCAAUCGUUAUACAAAGGCAAAUCUCAGACAUGCUAAAUUCAGCUGGUUUCACGCUGAAGAAAUGGGCAUCGAACCGCUCCGAAGCAUUGAAGAACGUUCCUUCAGAAGAUGUGGCGGUACAACUCUCGCACGAGUGGAAGAGCUCGAAACAAGUAUCCACACUAGGCAUCGUUUGGGAACCGGCAACUGAUACACUACGGUUUCGUAUUGAGAUACCACCUACAACACCCAGCAUGACGAAAAGGUUAAUUUUGUCAUAUAUCGCCAAGAUAUUUGAUCCCCUCGGGCUACUGGGCCCAACGAUCAUCAUCGCAAAGAUGUUCAUGCAGCAACUAUGGGCUCUCAAGAUUCAUGGAAAGGCAUAUGACUGGGACAGCGAGCUACCAUCGCACUUACAGCAUGAAUGGUCGAAAUUUCACUCUACAUUAUCUUCACUACGCAAUUUGACAGUCCCACGGUACAUAUCGCAAUGCACGGCAACAAGUCUGCAAAUUCAUAUCUUUGCUGACGCAUCACAACUAGCAUAUGGUGCUUGUUGCUACAUUCGGGCUGAAAGCAUGGAAGGAGUCACCGUGCAGCUGCUAACAGCCAAGUCAAAGGUCGUUGCGUUAUCCAAUUCACAUUCCAUAGCUCGAUUGGAAUUAUGUGCAGCACGACUAGCCACACUUCUUUACGAGAAAGUCCAGCAAUCACUGAAAAUUUCUGCUACCACCAUCUGUUGGACCGAUUCCAUGACUGUCCUUCACUGGCUGAAUUCAGCACCAAAUCGAUGGAAGCCCUUCGUUGCAAACAGGGUUGCAAAAAUUCAGCACACGGCUGGAAUACAAUGCUGGAAGCAUGUUCCAGACUCGGACAAUCCAGCAGACGACAUUUCGCGAGGUUUAACGCCGGAAAAGUUGCUAGUGUGUGAGCGCUGGUGGCACGGGCCACAUUGGUUAGCACGCAACUCGGAAGAAUGGCCACAGAACACACCAUCACCAAGCGAAGAUGAGAGCGCAGAAGAAGAAAAACUAUCGUCACGGGUUGCAAGCACAGCAUUAAUCUGCGAAUUUCGAAACAGUUUGUUCUCACGAUUUUCGAUCUACCACAAACUGCAAAGAGUUGUUGCACAUUGUUUGCGCUUUAUACAAAACGCAAAGCGCCGCGUAGGAAACAAGGUCCAUGCUAAGGAUAUCCCACCGCUCACUGUAGACGAACUCAAGGCGGCAGAACUCAAGUUGUGUUAUCUUUCGCAACAAGACACCUUUUCCGAGGAGAUACAACACCUGCAGAAGGGCAAAGAGAUUCCGAAGAACUCCAAACUGAAAUGGAUUUCCCCUUUCAUAGAUACGCAAGGUAUUCUGCGCAUUGGUGGCCGGCUCAGUAACGCACAUCUGUCGGAAUCAGAAAAACACCCGGUAAUAUUAUCAUCGAAACAUCCACUGUCCGCACUACUAGCUGUUUCGAUACACUUGAGUAAGCUGCAUGCUGCACCACAACUGCUUUUAACAACACUACGCCAAAGCUUUUGGAUAAUUGGCGGUCGCAAUUUAUGCAAGUCUGUGUACCACAGUUGCCACGCAUGUUUUAAGGCCAAACCCACACUUAUUAAGCAAAGUAUCGCCGAUUUGCCAACAUCACGAGUCACACCAACAAGACCAUUCUCAGUAUGCGGAGUAGACUAUUGCGGACCAAUCUAUAUAAAACAAACCAUACGCAACAGAAGUCCGAUUAAAGCAUACAUCGCCAUAUUUGUAUGUUUUUCAACAAGAGCGGUACAUAUCGAACUGGUUGGCGAUUUAACAUCAACAGCAUUUAUCAAUGCACUUCGUCGUUUGAUUGCACGUCGUGGUCAAAUCAGUGAACUGCAUUCCGACAAUGCAACCACCUUUAAGGGAGCGGCACAUGAGCUGAAUCGCGUCUACAAGAUGCUAAAGAGCGACGAACACGAUCGAGCUGCUAUAUUUGAUUGGUGCGCGAUGAAUCAUAUGAAGUGGAAGUUUAUCCCACCAAGAGCACCACAUUUUGGAGGUUUAUGGGAGGCGGCGGUGAAGGCAGCUAAAAAGCAUAUAGUCAGAACAAUAGGAACAACAAGCAUCACACAGGAGAGCAUGCUUACCCUACUUGCCCAGGUAGAGCAAUGUUUGAAUUCGCGACCAAUUACACCUCUAUCCGAUGAGCCGUCGGACUUGGAACCAUUGACACCGGGACACUUCCUCGUCGGUGGCAAUCUGCAAGCGGUACCAAUCAUCGAUUACACCGAGACACCGAGCAACUAUUUGAAGGAAUACCAGUUGGUACAAAAACAUCUGCAAACCAUUUGGGCUCGAUGGUAUCCGGAGUACCUGCAGCAGUUACAAGCUCGAGCCAAAUAUUGCAACGGGAAAUCAGCGGUUCUGAAAGAAAAUACACUGGUGAUUAUUAAGGAAGACAAUGUACAUCCUACCUCGUGGCCGAUGGGGCGCAUCGUUGCAGUACACCCUGGAAAGGACGAUGUUGUUCGCGUCGUUACACUGCGCACUGCUUCAGGGAAGCAAAUCGUCCGCGCAGCUAAUCGUCUGGCAGUUUUGCCUAAUCCGGACGUAAUUAGCAACUUAGAGUUGCUGGCUUUCAUGGCACUGAGUAACGCGCAGCUGCAAGCCACGCGACAUUGUUUACAUUUCGCACUCAUGGCAGAACAAGAUACACGCAACACACAUUCACACAUCUACACACACGAGCAGUAUGAUAGGAGAUAAGCGUCAGGUUCAAGAGUCGAACUGUUUUUGAAUUCUUUUUUGAACUCAUUUUUGGAUUUAUAUUUUGCAUGAAAUUUAAAGAAGUUCUUCUUUGGUGGCCGGGAAUGUUGGAAUUAGAAUAAUUAUUUUCGAACAUAAAUUUGAAUUGCAUAAAACAAAGCGUUAGGAAACUAAGAUUAGGUUAUAAACUACUCGACGUUAGAAACUGCUCGAUCUGCAUGAACUAUGAACUGCAUGAAUUAUUAUAUACAAAAAAGGACAAACGAAUAUACAGUUGCAAACCGA